AUGUCAACUCCCGAUUAUUACAAAAUCCUAGGCAUCGUCCAGAAUGCCACCCAACAACAGAUCCGAAGUGCAUAUAAGCGGGAAUCACUGAAAUCCCACCCCGAUCGAGUCCCCGUCGACUCGCCAGAGCGACCCGAACGCACUCGAAAGUUCCAAGAAAUCAACGACGCCUACUUCACCCUAUCAGACCCCACACGCCGCCGGGAAUAUGACGCUACCCGGGCAGCGGAGGAGGAAGCGGAUGUCCCACCCACCGGUGGUUUCUCCUGGUCCGAUUUUGGAUUCGGUGGAAACCGUGAUGAACGAGACAACAGUCAGUUUGGCUCCGUAUUCGAGGAGAUGCUACGCGAGGAGGGUCUCGCCGAGGAGGGAGACGGCAGCCGAACUGGCUCAACCGGGCGAUUCUGGGCACUGGUUGGCGGUGUCAGCGGUGGUGCUAUGGGCUUCAUUGUUGGCAACUUUCCUGGUGCGUUGGCUGGCGCUGUGGCGGGUAAUCGUCUCGGCGCGGUCCGCGAUGCUAAGGGCAAAAGUGUCUACGAGGCUUUUUUGGACCUGCCGAACACUGAUCGGACGCGGCUCCUGGGUGAGCUAGCGGCUAAGGUCUUCCAGUCCACUAUGGGACGCUAA